CAUGCCGGCUGCUGAGCCAGAAAUUCUGUGGGACACCCAGCCUGGCCCUUUGGGAGAAGGCGGCGCUACCAAGGAAAGACUGGGGGGGAGAAAGGGAUCCCUCCCCCCCCCCCCCGCUGCACUGAAGGCGGCCAAAGUCUCCCUUUCCCCUCCUCCUCCUCUCCGGCUGCAGGCUUGGCCCCCGUGCCUGGUCGCCUGCCUUUGCCCUCCUGCCUGGCAAGCGUCUGCCUGGAGACGGUUUCCCUGGGCAGCCGGCAGCUCCUCCCCGCAACACACAUAAAAGCCUUCCCAGCCAGGGCUCAGGCCAGCCGCGCCGCAGAUCAUGGGUGCGACGGCGGCGUUUGCCCCCAAACUCAGCCAGGUGCUGAUGACCCCGGAGCCCCACUUCCUCCCCGGAUACGGCGGCUACUGUCCCCGCUACAAGUUCUGCCUGGGCCAGACUUACGGGAAGCUCACGUCGCAGCUGCUGGCCGCUCCCGGCCGCUCCGGCCGGCUCCUCCUGCAGCCCAACUGCGCCCUCCGCGCCCCAAAGGAGCGGCCGGGGUUCGGCCGGAGGGCGCGGGGCAAAGCCUGCAUGGGGGUCCCGGGCUAUACCGGAUUCGUCCCCAGGGUGCAGCACCACUUUGCCAAGACCUACGGAGAAAUCUGCAGGGAGGCCUGGCUGGAGUUUGCACCCCCGCAGGAGUCGGGGACCCGGGACCAAGCCAUGGAGGCGACCGAAGCCCCCCAGCUGGAAAGCAGACCUCUACCUGCCCUGCCCACGGCUGGCACUGCCGCUGCUGUCUCCACCCUGGCUUUCCGGCCCUCAGGAACGGCCCCCGCGCUGCAGAGAACCUUUGUUCCAGGUUUCACUGGCUUUGUGCCUCGCCUCCAGUUCCUGAUUGGAGCCAGCUACCCCGUUCUUGCCCACCGGGCAAUGGUGGAGUUUGAGGAGAUGCUGCAGAAAACGGGGCGGGACUCUUCACUGAGGGGGGGUCCCCUCCCACCCCUGGCCAAGACAUACCCCACAGACGGGGGCCUCCUGCCCCACUACAGAGGCUAUGUGCCAGGUUACAAGUACCAAUUCGGCCACACCUACGGCCACCUGACCCGCGACGCCCUGGGCCAAAGCACCCUGGAGAAGCAGGUGCUGGGUGUCACGCAGUAGGGGACUCCGUGGCUCCCUCGCCAGCACCCGCUCCGAGCCCACCUCGCUGUCCUGGAUGUGCUGUGGCCAUGUAGGGCAGGCCGUGGAGGUGCCGGUGGCAGAGACUCCCCAGAUUCCUUGGCAUUCCGAAAGAGACCGAGGUCCCAGGAGGCGCGUUCUCUUCGUGGGAGAGGCAGUUGUUUCUCUGGGGUCCCCCACGGGGAGAGGGGCCGCAACUGCUUCUGAGCCCCCUGGCAAGGUGCAGGAGGGAAGCUCUGGGGGGUUCACUCUACACAGGAGGGGGAAGGGCUUCAGGGGAGGCCAGCUCUGCCCCCUCACCACCAGGUAUCCGUAUUGGCCUUCUCUGCCCGGGUGGCGCCUGGAUCCCCCUUUGACAUUCUGUGGCACAAAGGACUUUUCACUGUUAAUCCGUGGUGACUGCCAUCCGUCCCAGGCGGGGCUCCAGGUGGCCCCCCUGGUGGCUGCUGCCUUGGGGGGCUGUGGGAGGGGACAUGCCCAAGGCAGUGCCAUCCAUGGCCUUUCCUUGGCAGCACAGCUCCCCACCCCAGGGAUGGCCGGGCCUUCUCCCCAUGGCUUCCCAGGCCCCAAGGACAAGAAACAAGGCAAUCCCUCCUCAAACUGCAUCAUCGAAACCUGUGGGGUUCUCCCCAUCUUGGGCGGCAGCUAAGAGCGCACCAUCUGAGUGCCCAGGGUCAGAGGCCCAGAUGCCCUUCCCUGUGGGCCCAUAGCCAGUUCUCUGCCCCCUCUAUCCCUGGCACUUUUGCCAUGUUGCCUGCUCUGCCCGUGGAGAACUCUCUACAUCAGAGGUCUCCAAUGGUGGCAAUUUGACUUCAACUCCCAGAAUCCCUCAGGCAGCCGUGGUGGUGGGCACCAAGGGGAAAACUGUGUCGGUGCUCUUCAGCUGGGCUGAGUGAGGGGUAUAAGGGCCUUUCUCCCCCCAGAAACAAGCCACAUCCUUAACAGUAUCAGAGCUGGAAGGGACCUUGGAGGUCAUCUAGUCCAACCCCCUGCCCAGCCACAAGGUUCACAUGCCCAAACAGCCUGCUGAGUUAGUUUAUGGCGCCUGAAAAAGGAAUGAAUGCAGUUGCCAAGUAGGCCCGUUGGCACACCUAUUGGUGAGGGAUUCUGCCCUGCUGGCUUUAGAUCAAGACCACUCUUCUACCAUCUGCCCCCUUUGUCCAUCUUCCGGCUGGGAGGUGCCCACAGCGCAUUCGGGGCACACAAAGGCCCUCCUGCCGCCUUUGGGGUUCCUGACUGAGCCCUCAAAAGGGCCACCAACCCAGCAGGCGCCUCCUGAAUGAAGAAGCAUCAAGGCAGCUCAA